AUGGGAGAUUGGCUACAGCAACCAGAAAUGCCGUUUGAUGUAGAGGAUGUCCUCUCUAAACUCUCACAAAACGACAAGAUUGGCCUUUUGUCUGGUGUCGAUUUUUGGCAUUCUUAUCCCAUUCCUCAGCACAAGGUGCCAUCUAUCCGCAUGACGGACGGCCCAAAUGGCAUCCGUGGAACAAAGUUCUUUGCGGGAGUGCCUGCGGCUUGCCUACCAUGCGGGACGGCUUUAGCAGCUACGUGGGACAGGGCACUACUGAAAAAGGCGGGACAAUUACUGGGCGAUGAGUGCAUCGCCAAAGGCGCUCACUGCUGGUUGGGUCCUACUAUGAACAUACCUCGUUCGCCACUGGGUGGUCGGGGUUUUGAAUCCUUCUCCGAAGACCCUCACCUUUCUGGAAUACUCGCCACCUCUAUGAUUCUUGGGUGCGAGAGCACUGGCGUCAUUUCUGCUGUAAAGCAUUUCGUCGGUAACGAUCAGGAACACGAGAGACGGGCGGUUGAUUGUCUAAUCACGCCACGGGCUCUGCGGGAGGUAUACCUUCGACCGUUUCAAAUUGUAGCCAGAGAUGCCAGUCCCGGCGCCUUGAUGACGUCCUACAAUAAAAUUAAUGGCUGCCAUGUUGCUGAUAGCAGAGAGAUGUUGCAUGACAUCGUGCGAAAAGAAUGGAAGUGGGAUCCGCUCGUUAUGAGUGACUGGUAUGGGACGUAUACAACCAUUGAUGCUUUGAAAGCUGGACUUGAUCUUGAGAUGCCUGGUGUUUCGAGAUAUCGAGGAAAAUACAUCGAGUCCGCUCUGCAAGCUCGGCUGCUCAAACAGUCUACAAUCGACGAACGUGCUCGCACUGUUCUCAAAUUCGUCCGCAGAGCUGCCGGGCUGCAAGUGUCGGAUGUUGAAAGGGGCAGAGAUUUCCCGGAGGAUCGUGCGUUGAAUCGCCGGAUUUGUGGAAAUAGCAUUGUUCUUCUCAAGAAUGACAAGUCUCUUCUACCACUUCCCCAAACUGUAAGAAAGAUUGCUCUUAUCGGCUCCCACGCCCGGUUGCCAGCCAUUUCAGGAGGAGGGAGUGCGUCUCUGUUGCCAUACUAUUCUGUCUCCUUGUACGAUGCCAUUGCUGAAGCCAUGCCUCAUGUGUCUAUCACGCAUGAGGUUGGCGCAUACACUCAUCAGAUGCUCCCAGUUAUUGAAGGAAUGCUGCAGGAUGCGGCAAUUAAUUUCUACAAUGACCCCGUCGCCGUACUAAACAGGAAGCUCCUUGGCACGGAGGCGGUUUCAUCCACGUCAUUUCAGCUCAUGGAUUAUAAUGGAAUCCCUACAUUAAACAAAGCCAUGUUUUGGGGGACGCUAAUAGGCGACUUCAUUCCCAACGCAACUGGUACUUGGGAAUUUGGGCUAACUGUCUUUGGCACCGCAAGCUUGUACCUUGACGGCGAGUUGCUAAUUGACAAUACCACCCAACAGUCCCGUGGAACGGCCUUUUUCGGCAAAGGAAGCACAGAGAAGAUCUCAAUUGCAGACUUGGUGAGUGGCCAAACGUAUAAACUGCGAGUCGAGUUUGGAUCUGCCAACACCACGGCCAUGGAGACAACUGGCGUGGUCAAUUUUGGUGGUGGUGCGGUUCACCUAGGGGCUUGUCUCAAGAUGAGUCCUCAUGACAUGGUUGAGCGUGCCGUUAAGGCCGCAACAGAGGCCGACUAUGCCAUUAUUUGCACUGGAUUGAACGGUGAGUGGGAGUCCGAAGGCUUUGAUCGUCCGCAUAUGGAUUUGCCCCCCGGCGUCGAUGACAUGAUCACACAAGUCCUCAAUGCCACAGCAAACGUGGUUGUCGUAAAUCAGUCGGGGUGCCCAGUUACUAUGCCGUGGGCAAAGAAAGCUAGCGCCAUUGUGCAAGCAUGGUAUGGAGGCAAUGAAACUGGACAUGGAAUGUUCGAUGUGCUCUUUGGAUUCGUUAGUCCAGCUGGAAGGCUACCACUUUCGUGGCCAACAGACGUAAAGCAUAACCCGGCGUAUUUAAACUAUGCUAGUGUUGGUGGCCGCGUUUUGUAUGGCGAAGAUAUCUUUGUUGGCUACAAAUUUUACGACAGAACAGAGAGGGAAGUCUUGUUCCCCUUUGGACACGGUUUGUCAUAUGCCACCUUUGAGUUGCAAAGUCCAAUGGUUGAGACGGUGCCAGAGACACUACAGCCAGGUCACUCUAGUACGGCGAUCGUGACGAUAAAAAAUACGAGCAAGAUUGCAAGCGCCCAAGUUUUGCAACUGUACAUCUCUGCCCCAAAUUCCCAGACAAGUCGGCCGGCAAAGGAGCUUCACGGAUUUGAAAAAGUCUUUCUCGAAGCAGGUGAGGAGAGACAGGUACAUAUCCAUAUUGACCGAUACGCUACUAGCUUUUGGGAUGAGAUUGAGUCUAUGUGGAAAAGUGAGGCUGGCGUCUACAAUGUCUUAGUUGGAGAUUCAAGUCAGCACAUUUUAGCUAAGGGCAGAUUAGUUGUCCCUCAAACGUAUUUUUGGCUGGGUUUGUAG